CGACUCACCCGCCUUCUUAAAGAGGAAGCCGAUUGGGAUGGAGAGGAGGAGCACCACGAGGUAGGUGCGCUCUUUGGGAACACAUUCCAUGGGCGAGAGACAGCAGCUAAGGAGCCUCCCAGCACGCAGGUGCGGAAACUAGAGGAGCCCUGCGGGGGCGAGGUCCUUUGGGAGCCGGGCCUUGAGCAAGGGCGGGGCCGCGCCGCGGGCGGAACCCCCGUGCGGGGGCGGGGCCGCAGUAACCGCUCGGCUGAGGGGCGUGACUCAGGGCCUCAGCCCGCUCGGGGCAGCGUGGUCGGCGUUGGUGUAGAUCCUGGGCUCCGCCUAGUCGGCGAGUUGGUGUUAAGAGCUGCCAUAUUCGUUCUAUCGGAGGGCAAUGGCCGGGUCUGAGAGAAUCGGGGACGGAACCGAACAUUCACAGCUAAAUUUUGAGUGAUCUGAGCUGCCAUGACCCCAUAAGACUCCUGAGGUUCUUGGGGUGAAGGACCACGAGAGGAUGAGAAAAAUAAAGAAGAGACAAAGCUGGGGUCAGGCGAAGUCCUUAUUCUCCUGAUGGGAGGAAAGUAAAAGUACAUGUGCUCUGUUCAGAUCCUCACUGCACUGCUGACAUCCACCCCAACUGGACACCUUUCUCUGUGACUUCUACCACCUGUGGGCUGUGUGGGAAGAAUUCUGGGAAACCCUCAAGUCACAAGAUGGUGAUGGAACCAGUGGCCUUUAAAGACGUGGCUGUGAGCUUCACCAUGGAGGAGUGGGCUUUGCUGGAUUCUUCCCAAAAGAAACUCUACAGAGAUGUGAUGAGGGAAACAUUUAGGAUCAUAGCUGAUGUAGGAAGAAGCUCUGAAAACCAGCAAACUGAAGAACAGUACAGAAAUUCUAGGAGAAAUCUAAGAAGGAAAAAUGUACAGAAAUUCUGUCAGUACGAAGGUUGGAGUCAACAUGAAGAAAUGUUCCUUGAGCCUCCACAUUCUAAGAUGAAUGUGAAACAAACUCAUUUAAAUCAAGCUGAAAGCCAUGCUUAUAGAUACGAGCAUGAGGGAUUUGAAGAGAAUCUCUGUGAAGGUAAUGAAGAUAGAAACACCAGUGAAUAUCAGUCUUUUUUGAAACAUGCAAGGACAAAUUCUGGAAAAACUUCCUAUGAAAGUAAGCAAUGUGGGAAAGCCUACUGGGAUCCUCUUGAAAGAUCUCAUUCUGGAGUAGAGCUCUUUGUGCAUAAGCAAGGCGUUAAAGGCUUCAGUACACCGAAUUCUGUUCAGAUCCAUGAAAAUAAUCAUGGUAAAGUGAAUCUCUAUAUAUGUAAUGAAUGUGGAAAAACUUUUCCUCAUGGUAAGUCUUUUCAAAUACAUGCGAGAAGUCACCAUAGAGAGAAACCCUAUGUGUGUAAACAAUGUGGGAAAUCCUUUACUAACAAGAAAUUUUUUCUUAAACAUGAAAGAAGUCACCAUGUAGACAAACAAUAUGUAUGUAAGCAUUGUGGGAAAACAUUUCGUACACACAAGUCUUGUCGGAUACACGAAAGAGUUCACACUGGGGAGAAACCCUAUGCAUGUAAGCAAUGUGGGAAAGCAUUUAGUACCCAUCAAAAUUGUCACAGACAUGAGAGAAUACAUACUGGAGUGAAACCCUAUGUAUGUGAGCAAUGUGGAAAGGCCUUCAUUGACACCACUGCAUUUUGUAGACAUAAAAGAACUCACACUGGAGAGAGACCAUAUGUAUGUAAUCAAUGUAAAAAAGCCUUCAAUUCCAGCAGCACACUUCGUACGCAUGAAAGAAUUCACACUGGAGAGAAACCCUAUGUCUGUAAGCAAUGUGGGAAAGCCUUUUCUGACAACACUGCAUUUUGUAAACAUAGAAAAACUCACACUGGAGAGAAACCCUAUGAAUGUAAGCACUGUGGAAAACUUUUUGCUACUAAUGGCUCAUUUUAUAAACAUAAAAAAACACACUAAAGAGAACCUGUGUAUAUAAAAUAGUGGGAAAGAAUUCAGUACACACAGGUAUUGUCAGAUACAUAAAAGAAGCACAUGAAGGAGGAAACCUUAUAUAUGUAAACAAUGUGGAAAAAUCUUCAAACAGUAUCCAUCAGUAACAAAAAUGUCACAGUGGCAAGUAACUAUCAAUAUAAAAUACAGAUUACACUGCCAUGAAAGGAAUUUCAAUGAAGAGAAACCCUAUGAAAGCACUACAGGUAAUUUCAGAGUACAAAUAUUACAUGAAUGCAGUGAUAGUGAACAGAAUCUGAACAUAACUAAGACGUGAGAGAUGUUUCAUUUUAUCCAAAACAUUCAAAAACAUGAAAAAAUUCACAUGGGAGAGAAGCCAUAUGUAUAUAAGCAAAAUUAGAAAUGCUUCAAAUUUAGUUAUCAUGAAAUACAUAAAAUAACACAUUGAAGAGAAACCUUUUGUGGCUAAGUAAUGAGACAAAGCAUUUUGUGAUCUGCAUAAUUUGAAAAAACAAAGUUAUAUUGAAAUUUUAAAUAUGGAUUAUAAUUGAGAAGCCUGUAUUUCACAUGAUUUUGCAUAGGAACAUGACAUUCCAUAGUGGAGAUGCCUGUAGUCAUUUUGAUGUCUUCCAAACUAAAGAACCCUGUAGUGAGAAACCAACAGAAAAGAGAUCAAAAUAUCUUCAGUUAAUUUCAUCUUAAGAGUACAUGUUUUGGGGGCUUCACGUAAAGAUGUCAGAUAAGAGCAGAAUACAAAAGCUCCCUGAGACAAGACAACUCAGAUGCUGAAAUAAGAGCAUGGGGAGUCCUAAACAGAGGGAAAUGGGUCCUCUCAACUCAGAAAGAAACUAAAUCGAAAACCAGUCAGACAUGCAGUCCCAGACUACUAUUGAGGCAGCUAAGAUUCUGUGCUGUCCCGUGCCUGAAUUCCUGCCACUUCAACUCACUGGAACCAUAGUCACACUGUAGUGCAGUUGCACUGAAUUUGGAGGUUGGUGAGCCCAAUGGAGAAUGGAGUCAGCAAGGGACCUGCAUCGACCUGUGGUGAGUGCCAGAAAGAAAACCCUUCCAGAGGAAAGGGGCACCAAUAAAAUGACAUUUUGGAAUUGGGAAGAACUGGCAAGAAAAAGGAACGCCAGUGACUUAAGUCAGUUGUUCCCAGACGAGAUUAGGGGGUAUGCUUGGCCUGGAUCAUGCCCCUAGCUGAGACCCAGUAAGUUGUCCCAAACCAAUUCCCUACACGCAGUGCGUGCUAAUUCAGUGAAGGCAUCAGCAGGUUGACUAACCUGGAGGGGAGGAGCCAGCAUAUGCUGCCCUUGUUUGUACCUCAGUAACACACUGCAGUGGGCAGGAUCACACAGCCAGUGUGCUUCAGAAGCACUGUUGCCAACAAGCAAAGGGACUGGGACCUCCUCUGUACGCCUGUAUGGAAGAAACAAAAAAUAUGAGAAGAGGAAGCAACAAGAAAAAUUCCUCAGCCCCCAACCCUGAGAACAUUGAUCCAAGAGAGGUAAAUACAGCUUGAGAACAACAAACAUGCAAUAUCAGGGGCUGGGGAUUUAGCUCAGUGGCAUAAGCACCUUGCAAGCAGGCAGUCGUGAGUUCAAUCCCUGGUAUUGGAAAAAAGGAAAGAAAGAAAAAAAAAUGCAAUAUCAGACAUGGCAUCAGUGGACAUAAAGAGAUAUCUUAGGGAUCUCAUAUACAAGUUUGCCUUGACUAAUUUUAUUCAAAUUUGUUACGCUUGAUAGUAUCAAGUCUAAAAGUAGAGGCAACUACUCUGAAGAUGACAAGCUGUAAUGAGAUACCCAUUCCGGCUUGUUACUGCUUUUGAAGUCCUACAAUGUCUCCAAAGUUGUGUUUUUAUUAAAAUAGAUAUGUCAUGCUGUUCAAUUAUAUUAUGUCUGAUGAUGUGGGCAAUUCUAUUGAAAAUAAGAGAAAGCAUAGUAAUUAAUGUAGAUCACCUAAUAUUGUGGUUUUAUAUGUCUUUUUCAUUUCAUGUUUUUCUAGGAAUUUGUUUUGUUCUCUUGUUUUGAUCUGUUUUUCCCUAUAAUACAGAAAAAAUAGAUAUAUACGUAGAGAUUCACACAUGGGGAGAAUUUCUAAACAGUUUAUGGGAACAGAUUAUGUAAUGCACAAUGUAAACAGGAGAUACUCUGAAGAGACACUAAGAUACCCAGUGCUAAUUCUGUAGCAUUAUGAUACAGAGUGAUAUUAGUCUAGUCCCUUAUGUUCAAUUUCCACAUAUGUAAAGAUAAGGACAGCUACUUUGAAGAGAAUGAGGGACACUAUGGUAGUUAUUAUUGUCUUCCCUAAUGGCAGAUCUUGAAGACCUAAAAAGCGUUCAUCAUCCUGUAAUGAUUUUAUUAGUUCUAUAAUAUGCAGUAUGUAUUUAAUGUGUGUGAAGAUGGGGACAACUACUUGGAAGAAACUAGAGAAAAUUAGAUAAACAGUGAAGAUCUCCAGUGAACUUGCUUUGAAAUUUAUAUUUCUUUAAAUUGUUUCUUUUUGAACUGUUUUGUUCUGUUUUGGUAUGUUUAAUCUUACCCUCUUUAAGAUAAAAAACUUAAGUGUUAGGACUGAUAACCAUAUUACUGAAAUGGGUCCAUAUUACUGAGUUUUUGUUAGAUCAUUGAGUAGAACUGUUGGCAGUGUCACUAUUUGAAUGUCACUUUACAUACUUUAGUUUUGUAACCUGAGCAACUAUUUCUAAGAUGACAAUAUGUAACUUAUCAACUGGUGAUUUCUUACCAUUUAUUUUUCUGUAAUUCUGUAUCACUUCUACGCUUUUUUUCUUAAUGUAUUUUUGUUUCUCUUUAAAUAAAAAUCUUGCAGAAUUCAAAACA